AUGGAUGGUAGACAACAGGAGUAUCCGCAGUCAGGUUUGAGCUCACCAUACGCGCCAUACAACGAAGCCCAGUCUGAACGGUCAUCUGCAGAUCAGGCGUCUGCUGUGCAAUACCAGCCUAGCUCCGACUACAAGCCUUCAACUUUCUCGUCCUCCGCGACUCCAAACUCAGACUACGGUCUACCCCAGUCUGCGCGCUCAGGCUCGUUCCCAGACUACAUUCAACGGUCGUACGCCGACGGCCAGCCCAACCGCUACCCUCCGAGUGCUGCGGGUGGACACGCGGGUAUGGCGCAAACCUCAAGUCCGUCCCAAUCCAUGUCCGAUACACAGCAGCCUAACGGGCACGCGUCGAACAACAUGAAAUCUGACGGAGAUGUCCCAAUAGAUCCCUCGAUAGCACAGUCCAGCCCGACCUACCCUCCCCACAACUAUUCGCCUUAUCCCCAGCAGCAGCAUGAUAUGCAGCAACAGCAAUACGCAGGCCAGCCCAUCACGUACGGGCGACCUGAAUGGGCCGGAUACCACCAACAGCCGAUGUACGGCCACUCGCCAGCAACGACAGGCGGUGCCGCGCCUAACAUGCCGGCGCACACCAUGCCUCGUCCCCCACCGGUGGGUAGCGUCUUCGGUGCGGCACCACCAUUCCCGGCAACUAAUUAUUACAUGCAGGGCGGCCACCCACUCUCGACAGUGUACUCAUUCGUCCCCAUUCCGGGCGCGCAACAACACAAGCGACCAAGGAGACGGUAUGAGGAGAUUGAACGGAUGUACAAGUGCGGCUGGAACGGAUGUGAGAAGGCGUAUGGUACGCUCAAUCACUUGAAUGCGCACGUGACAAUGCAAGGACACGGCUCCAAGCGGACCCCCGAAGAGUUCAAAGAGAUACGAAAGGAGUGGAAGGCGAAGAAGAAGGAAGACGAGCAGGCCCGGAAGCAGGAGGAAGAACGGCAGCGCCAGGAAGCUGCUCGCAACGGACAAGACCCUGGCCAACCGCAGGGCACACCCAGCCAGUAUGGCCAGCCUAACAUGAUGCCGCAUCAGAUGGGAGGUCCCCAGCUGCCACCUAUCGGGUACCAGCCUGCCGGCCAACCAGCAGCGGGUUACGCGCAGCAGCAGCAGGUCGACGGUGCUCCGCAGUAUGCUCCCAGUGGUCAGAUGUAUGGUGGGCAAGGGUAUCCGCAGAGCCCAUACGGACAGGGCGGUCUUCCUUAUCAGCAAGCGCCGCCAGGUCAACACUAUCAACAACAGCAACAGUAA